CUUUGUCACUGAAAAAGUUUUUCCCAGCCCUGUCAUUUGGCUCUGCAGUAAGCGUUACUUGGAGGAAAAAAAGAAAAAAAAACUUUGCUAAACUGUAAAUAAACAGCCUCCAGAUAUCCAACAAACGUAGCCUGCUUUUAAAUUGCAAGGUUUUGUAUACAAAAUCUUUCAGGGGUCCUCCAGCAGUGUCUUCAGGACAAACAUUUCACCACUGCAACUAAGUGAUUUCACACACUGACGCUAGUGGGAGGAUUCAGCACAAACUGGAGACUCAACUGGACUCUCUACAAGCGCACUUUAUCCCACAAACCCGGGACACUAUUGUCUUUAAGAUGAUUUUAGUUAAAUUCGUGUGCGCGAUCAUAACCAGAUCCUUCUUCAUUCUGGUCUCUCUCAUCGGCGUCUGGAGAGUAAAAACGGUGAAAAAUGACAAUAUGUACUGGUUACUGACUGUCCUUUACCUUCCUCUGGUCGUGGAGAUGAUCUUCACUCUAAGACGUAGGAAAGGGCAAGACUACAAAUGGUUUUCUCCAGCCAUCCUAUUGUUCCUCAUCAGCAUUAUUCCGUCCAUAUGGAUUCUAGAGUUGCAUCAUCAGGAAAACAAAGCCAGUGACCCUCAGUGUAGGAAACUGGACUCUUGGGAUAAUGUCAAGAGCAUAUUGCCUUCAAAUGGCACUAUGGUUAAUGAAACACUAAAGCACCUGGAGCGCAUGCUCACCUCCGUCUGUCCAAAUGACUGGAUUCUCGCUCUUCAUCAAGUUCUGCUUAUUCUUCUCAUUCUUGGAAAGUGGCUCCUCCCACUAGGGGGAGGAGUAACGCGUGACGAGCUGUCUCAGCUUUUGCUCAUCUUUGUUGGCACGGCAGCAGACAUUCUGGAAUUCACUAGUGAAACACUCUCUGAUGUCAAGGAGAAGAACCAUCAGUUGGUGUAUAUAAUCUUGGCAGUGUGGACGUGGAGUAUGUUGCAGUUUCCUUUGCACCUGGCAGUUGUGACAUCUCGGCCACAGAACCCAGAUGAGCCCAAGGCUGGAGAAGGCUGUUGCAACUUACUCUUGUCAAGACACAGUACAGAUAUUUGGAACAUCGUGGAGAGUUUGUUUAUCCAGGACGGCCCUUUUCUUGUGGUGCGUCUUAUUGUGAUGAUAUUCUUUGAUGUGUUCCACCAGAUGUUGGUCUUCUUUGCUAUCAAGAACUUCCUAGUGGUCGUCCUCAACCUCUACAGGCUCAUUGUCAUCUGUCAAGACUUUAGACCACCACCACCAUCAUCAUCUACCUCUCCCUCAGUCUGAAGGAAAAAAAGAAAAGAAGUUUAAAAUGAACAUUUAACUUCUUUAAUGUACUUAUGCAUUGUUAAUGUACUUAUGCAACUGUGCUUGAUGGUUUGCUUAUACCAGGUGUUUUUAAACCCGAGGGGGCCACAAUCCAGUGCUAGGCAGUGUUAUUUUAGUAUCUAUUUAGUAGCUGUUAUUUCAUACUUCAUAAAAUCCGAAAGCAUUAUAAGUAACCCCUAACAAACAUUUUAUUCAUAAAACAAAAUAAUUUACUGCAAAAUAUUGUUUUAUUCCAUGCUUGUUACUUAACGGGAGGCAUAACUUGUAGUAGUAGGUGUAACUUGCAGAGGUGUGACAUAGACGGACCCUUCUCUCUUUUGUGGCUGUUCGAACGCAUUCGACCACAUGAACAUUUACACUAUGAAAGCAAUCUGGUUGAAUGCGUUUUUGACUACCUCUGGAAGUGGAUCAAAAAGAUCAAAACAUUUUAGACCCUGUUUACACCUGCAUUUAGCGUCGUGUCCACUUGUGAUCCGAUCGAUCAAAUGCAAGGCCCUGUUUACACUUGGAGUACUGUUAUUCUGUUGCGAAGGAACAGAUACUGAGGAACAACUGAUAAUGGCACGUUUUGAUCUUUGGUUGACUAAUCAGUGGAAAGGGGUGUUUCGUUCCCCCCCACAUGUAGAAUAUUCAAGCUGUUUAUUCAUUUUCUACUCCUGAAGGUAAAAAUGAAGAAUCAAGCAGAAA